AAAAAAAUAACAAUAAAACAAUCGGGACGUACCCAAAUUUCUUUUCUUUCACAACACAAAAUUUUCAGGUUUUGUUGGAGAAUUUGUCUUCUUCCGGCGGACCAUCGGUGAUCUUGAAGGCUUUUUUUUUUUUCCGAAUGUUAAUCAAUUUUCAACAAUUACAUGAUGAAAUUCCGCGCCUCAGUUAAAAACCCACAUUUGUUGUUGGGAGUACUUAAAGCAUGCAAAUCAUGGCGGCCAGGAGACGCGGGGAUUUCAGGGGAUAUUAUGGUGGUAAAUUUGUAAAGGGUGAUCAAGAUUACUAUAGGGGGCGAGGGCAAAGGUCUCGUGAGCGAGACCAGAACCCUCGAGAUAGGUUUAGACUUAGGCAGAAAAAGGAGGAUGUUAAGGUUUCAGGUUCAAGAGAGCCAGGGGAAAUAUCUAGUGCAAGUGACAAUGGAGGAGGUGAAAUUGACUCUGAAUCACUCAAGAAGAUUGAGAAUGGAAAGCGCAAAUUUAAGUUUUCUCCAAUUUUAUGGUGGGAUAGAGAUGGAGGUGAUGAGAGAAUAACUCGAAUAGUUAAGUCUAGGAGGACUAAUCCUCCUCCUGCUGAAUCUAACAUUUUGCCUGAUUCGACCAAACCUGAUGGUCGCAUAAAUAGUUCAGUCAUUCAAGAUUAUGCAGUUCAGGAUUCCGAAAGGCAGCCUCUGGUUAAGAGAGUUGAUGAGGCAAUAGAUGUACCUUCUCAAUCUACAACAGUGCUGCCUCAAUUGGAGCCUGAGGUCGAGGAAGAGAAAAAGGCCCUACAUGAUGAUGAUAUGUCAACUAAGAGGAAAUUAAGAGCUUCCCGAUGGGCUAAUAAGGCAGAAUUGUUAGGUGAUGAGGAGAUGAAUAACCUGAAGAAGAAGAAGAAUGAGGAGGAGGAGUUGGAACCUGGAGAGUUGAGGAGAGAAGGUUCUCAUGAUGAUGUUUCGAAGGUAGAUGAGGAUUGGCGGUCCUAUGUUUCAGGCUUUAGUAGCCACUCAGACAAUGAAUCUGACAAAGAAGAUGUAAGUCCUCCGAGGACUCUGAACAUGCGCCAGGGUUGUAGAAGUUUUGACGAAUUUCACGGACCGAAAAAGAUUGGUGAAGGUACUUAUGGUACGGUUUAUAAAGCUAAGGAUACGAUAACAGGAGACAUAGUUGCGCUUAAGGAGGUCAAGAUCCUAAAUGAAAGAGAAGGAUUCCCUAUUACGGCUUUGAGGGAAAUAAAUGUUCUUCUCUCGCUUCAUCAUUCUUCCAUUGUAGAUGUCAAAGAAGUAGUUGUAGAUGACAAAAGUGACAAGGUCUACAUCGUCAUGGAGUACAUUAAACACGACCUGAAAGCGGUCAUGGAAAAUGCCAAUCAACAGCCUUUUAGUGAAAGUGAGGUUAAGCGUCUUAUGCGUCAGCUUCUUAAAGGUGUUAAGUAUCUUCAUCAGAACUGGAUUUUGCACCGCGACCUGAAGCCAGCAAAUAUAUUGAUAAAAGAGAAUCGUCGCAAAGUGAAGAUUUGUGACUUUGGGUUAGCACGCGGGUAUGGAAGCCCUUCGAAACCAUACACUCAGACGGUGGUUACUCUGCUGUACAGAGCGCCUGAGCUGCUUCUGGGAGCUAAGGAGUAUUCCACAGCAAUCGACAUGUGGUCCUUAGGUUGUAUCAUGGCCGAGCUAUUAAUUAGGAAACCACUUUUCGGGGGGAAACAUGAAAAGAAUCAAAAGAAUGAAGAUCGAAAGAAUCAAAAGAAUGAAGAUGAAAAGAAUCAAAUUAAGCUACUUGACAGUAUAUUUGAAAUUCUCGGGACACCAUCUGAGGAGAUUUGGCCAGGUCUAUCAAAUCUACCGGAUGCCAAAAAGUUUACAAUGGCGAAGAAGAAGGGCAGUGGGUUGCGUGCAGUGUUCGCAGAGAUGUAUUUCACGGGUUCACCGGUAACAUUAUCAGAUGAAGGAUUUGAGUUGUUGAACAAGCUUUUGACGUAUGAUCCUAAGCAGAGAAUAACUGCUGAGGAUGCUCUUAAGCUUAAUUGGUUUCGUAAAUUUCCUCCACUUGAACCAAAAGAAGAUAUGCCUACUUUUCCAACAGCAGAACAUGCUCAGGACAGACACUUGAAAAGGGUCCAGAACAGCCCAGAUCCUUUGGAAGAAAAGCGCAGAAAAGUAUUAAAGUUGUUUGGUUAAGGCACUUUCUGAUGAAAGUAGAGUAUAAUUUUCUGUCUAAGCUUUCAAUCCAAUAUGUUGGGAAGCUCUGAUGUUAAGAAAUUUCCUUGUUUGACACUGCAAUCAUUGAAGAAAUG